UACAAGUUACUAUGACAACAGCGUCAAAGUUCGGAAAAAGAGGUGCUUCUGGUUAAAAUGUAGAUAUCUGUAAAUUAAAUUGAAGGAAAUCAUCUUAACUUGGAUAUUUUAAUUUUCAGGACAAAGUAAAUCUACAUUAUCAUUGGUUUUAUUGUAUUACAUAAAUGUACAUGUACUUUAAAUUGUGAAAAUCCCCAACAUGCUUGACAGUAGAAGCCUGGUAAUUUUUCUGUUAAGUAAAUACAGGAGGUGGAAUGCUAACAUAUACUGUAGUUGUCAAAAGACAGGCAGCUCAGAAUUAGAAAACAGGCAAGCACAACUUAUGGCACGUGGAUUGCCAAAACAGAAACCAAUUACUGGAGUCAAACAGAUAAUACUUGUGGCGUCAGGAAAGGGUGGUGUUGGAAAAUCCACAACCGCAGUUAAUCUCUCAUUAGCCCUGAAAUCAGUUGAACCAAACAAAGUGGUUGGACUUCUCGAUGCAGAUGUGUAUGGCCCUUCUGUUCCACUUAUGAUGGGCUUACAUGAAACUCCACUCCUAACUAAAGAUAACUUGAUGAUUCCUUUAGUUAAUUAUGGAUUGCAAUGUAUGUCAUUGGGUUUCCUUGUUGAUGAGAAGUCACCAGUUAUAUGGAGAGGCCUUAUGGUCAUGAGUGCAUUAGAGAAACUCUUGCGACAGGUGGCAUGGGAUGCAGUGGACUACCUCAUAGUGGAUACACCUCCUGGAACUGGAGAUACUCACCUCUCACUAAUACAGAAUUUACCAUUGGCAGGUGUUGUACUGGUAACAACACCACAAAUUGCAGCACUUGAAGUAACUAGGAGAGGUGCAAUCAUGUUCCAAAAACUGAAGGUGCCAAUUGUUGGAGUUGUCCAGAACAUGAAUACAUUUGUGUGUCCAAAAUGUAAGAAUUCACUUGCUUUGUAUGGCCAUGGCACUGAAGACUUAGCUUCUGAAUUAGGUAUUGAUUUAUUACAAGAUAUACCACUAGAUGCUGCAAUAACAGAAACCACAGACCAAGGAAAGCCUAUAGUUGUAGCCCUGCCAAACAGCACUCAGGCUGAAGCAUAUAAGAAACUUGCUGAAAAAGUAAUAACAUUCUUAAAGAAGCAGGAAGUGCAAAGAAAUAAAAGUUGAAAAUGUAUUAACUUCAAGGCGGCAGAUUUAUUAUGGAUAACAAUUUAGAAGAAUGGUAUCUAUCAAACCACUGCCCACCCAGUUUCAGCUGGCAACAGUUACCUUUGUUACAUUUAAAGUCCCAAAUACUACCUUAUGCAGUAACUCUAAUCUACAUGAUAUGCUGACAUGGUCUGGCAGACAAAGCCUGUAUUACAGUGUUCCAAGUACAGGACUGUCCAAAAAUAUAAUACCCUAAGCUAAAUUACUACCCUAAAUGCAACGCAAUAAAUUGUAUAAAGCACCUUCCCAUGGAUCCAUUGAAUCUCACUUGAUAAUUAUUGCCAGCUGAGUUAAAUGUAUUUAACUACAUUUGUUUGUUUUUUAAAAUGUUCAGUUAUAUUACAGUAGAACUCACAUCUGAUAAUCUUAUUCAUAAUAAAGACUACUUUUAUUGAAGUGUGGUA